UUGAACUCAACCAAAUAACAUCUUCUGGCCAAAUGAGCCUUCUUUAUGAGGCAGCAUAUAGUGGGGAUGUAUCAAUGCUUAAUUCAUUGAUACAGCAACACUCACAUAUCUUGCAUAAAACUUCACAAACUGCGUUCGCCGAAACUCCUUUACACAUCUCAUCUUUGCAUGGCCACCUUCAAUUCACAAAGAAACUUGUCACUCACAAACCCAAUCUUGUCCUUGAGUUGGAUUCCUCCCGAAAGACAGCCCUCCACUUGGCUUCUGCAGAGGGUCACUUUCUCAUCGUAAAGGAAUUGCUUAAAGCUAAAAACGAGCCAUGCUUGUUUCCAGAUGAAGAAGGAAGAAUUCCUCUUCACUAUGCUGCUAUGAGAGGAAGGAAAGAGGUUGUGCAAGAGUUGAUCAAAGCGAAGCCAGAGUCUCUGAGUUUUCAUCACCAAGGAAAAACUGUAUUUCACUUGUGUGUCACAUACAACCAUCUAGAGACUCUCAAAGUUUUGGUGGAAUUGGAGUCUGCCAUUACUGGCAAGCUUCUCAACUUCACGAGCUCGGAUGAUGCUGGAAACACCGUUCUUCAUUUUGCUACCAUGUUGAACCGAGUUGAGGUGAUAAGCUAUCUGGUGUCAAUUCCGGAAAUGAGAGAAAUAGCAAACUUGAAGAACCAGAUGGGCGUCACAGCCCAGGAUAUCGUGGAACAGAGUCCGAUAAAAGACUUUAAAAUCUGCGAAAUACAACACAUAUUGACAAAGGCUGAAAAGGAAGGAUUUGAAGCUGAUCAUCAUCAUCCACACCCACCACGACCAUCAUCUACUGAUCACGUUGACCCUCCUCAGAAUGGUAAUUUUUGUAUGAAGAUCUUCAAGGGGAUCGGAAAUUGGUUUAUGAAGAUUUUAAAAUGGGUGGAAAAUUGGCUGAAGCAUGAGGUUGAUUGGUUAAAAGGGAUGAGGGGUUAUCUGAGUCUGGUGUCAACUGUGAUUACAACUAUAACCUUUCAAGCUUUAAUUAAUCCGCCUGGUGGCUUCAUUCAACAAGGCUUACUGUCUAAUAAUGAGUAUAACACCUCAUCAACUGAACCCCCCAGUAUCAACUCAUCAACAAAUUACAUCUUGAACUGCACCAUCCUUCAUGAUAAUAACUAUUGUCCAGGAGAAGCAAUAUCAUCCUUUAGUCUGCCUAUGGAAUUUCGGAGCUAUUUGCUUUGCGUUACCAUCUCUUUUUUUUCAUCACUUGGUGUCACCCUCUUGCUUGUAAGUGGGUUUCCUAUGAAUGAUAAAGCUGUGAUAUGGCUGCUAUCAGUAGGCAUGUGUGUCACUCUCUCUUCCCUUGCGCUCGCCUACUUAAUAGCCCUCGUAAUAGUGGUCCCAGUUCAAAUUUUACGGGAGAAAUCGAUUUUGAUCACGAUAACUGUAAUAUAUUUGGUAUGGUUGAGCUUGGUUAUGCUAAUUCUGGUGUUAAUCACACUGCGCUUUCAGUUUUGGAUUGGGAAGAAAUUUGUCAAGAUAAUCAACAAGUCAGGAACUUGGAGGAGAGAAAAUCGAUAUUGCAGAUUUGCACCUGCGCUUUUUAGGCUAAUUCUUAUUAUUAUUGUUUUAGUGAUUUUAUGUGUUCAAUUAAGUAUAAUACUUUUCCUCAUUGCUUUAACUGUUGCAGAGGCAAAUUAUAUACGCAAUAUAUAAUCCUGCAGUGCGUUGUACCAUAUGUGAUAGUAAAAUUGCUAGUGAAGAAUAUCA